AUGGAUGAUUUCAACCUUAGUAGCCAAAACCCUAAUUCAUCAUCCACCACUUCCUCAUCCUCUUCCCCUUUCCACGGUCACAGUAGCGAAACCGGAAAAACAAAACGGUCAAGGUCAACGUCCACUUUGUCGACGGAUCCUCAGAGCGUGGCGGCCCGUGAGAGACGGCACCGAAUCAGCGACCGUUUCAAGAUUCUACAGAGCAUGGUCCCUGGUGGUGCGAAGAUGGACACUGUCUCUAUGCUUGACGAAGCCAUUAGAUACGUCAAGUUCCUGAAAGCUCAGAUCUGGUUUCACCAAAACAUGCUUGUCUUCUUAAACGACCACGAAGCCACGUCGUCUUGUACUUACUCUCCCGCCGCCGGAGGAUUCGAACCAACUCUCUUUGGUUGCGAUGACGACUAUGCCCCUGUAAAUGAGACGUACUCACAAGGCAUGCCACUUACCCUUACGGACUCGAAGUAUUCGCCAUGGUUUGGUUCGGUUGGUUCUUAUGAGCAAGAACGUGGCUCAUCUUAG